ACUCAUUGCUAACCAGCUCAUAAGCUAAAAAAGACAACUCACAUCUCCACUCUUUUGACAAAAACAGAACACCAAACAUUAAACCCUUCAUAACACACAAAUCUCACCAUCCAACCAAAAAAAAAAAAAAAGAUGUCUGUGCUUCUUAUUCUUCUUCUUCUUGUCCGAUUCAUUACUCCAUCUUCACAGUCUUCGAUCCGAAACCUCCUCGAAGCUCGUGGUUUACCAGGUGGUUUGUUUCCAGACAACGUGGAGAGUUAUAGUCUAGAUGAGAAGACAGGGGAGCUCGAAGUUCAGCUACAGAAUCCUUGUUUCGCUCGGUUCGAAAACAGGGUUUUCUUUGAUAGUGUGAUUAAAGCAAACCUAAGCUAUGGUGGGCUUGUUGGACUUAAAGGUUUAAAACAAGAAGAGCUUUUCCUUUGGUUACCAGUAAAAGGCAUUGCAGUGAAUGAUCCUUCUUCUGGACUUGUUCUGUUCGAUAUCGGUGUUGCUCAUAAACAAAUCUCUCGUUCUCUUUUUGAAGAUCCUCCUGUUUGUUAUCCUCCUGGAUCUAUAAUGGAGAAGUUAGAGAAAAGCAAGAUGGAUAUUCAGCUAAAGAGAUGAAUGAGUUUUUUUUUUUUUGGGGUGUGUAAGAUUCAAAACUCAAACUUGUCUCUUUGAAACUUGAACAAAAAAAUGUGUUUUUUUUUAAAAUUUCUUUUACCUUUUCCUUUGGGGUUGUUUGUGGAAAUGUGGAAAGUGUUGGGAAAUAUGUGUAAAAUCUGGAAAGAAAGGAGGAAAAUUUUGGAACUUUGUAUAAACUAUGGGGUCUAUAAAGUAAUCAAUUUUGUCACUUGUCCUU